GGGCGCUAGUUAUUCCUCUCCGGCUCAUUGUUUGUGGCUCACAGCUCUGCACCGCCGUGCAGAGAGACAGCGACGGGUCAGAGGAAAAUGGCGGACGGUGUGGAUCACAUCGACAUCUACGCCGACGUAGAAGAGGAAUUUAGCCAGGAAGCUGACUACCCGGUUCACGAGCAGAUCGACCUGUAUGAUGAUGUAAUAUCCCCAUCAGCCAACAAUGGCGACGCUCCCGAAGACCGUGACUACCUGGACGCACUGCCUGCACCAGGUGGCACAGAGGGAGGGAAGAGUUCCCAACCCAACGUGGUGUACACCUACACGGGCAAAAGGAUAGCCCUGUACAUAGGAAAUCUCACAUGGUGGACGACAGAUGAGGACCUGACAGAAGCCAUUCGGUCGAUAGGAAUCACAGAUGUGCUUGAGAUCAAGUUCUUUGAAAACAGAGCCAAUGGCCAGUCAAAAGGGUUUGCGCUGGUGUGUGUGGGCUCGGAGGCAUCGUCCAGGAAGUUAAUGGAGCUGCUGUCAAAGAGGGAUCUACAUGGUCAAAAUCCCAUUGUCACACCAUGCAACAAACAGUCCCUCAGCCAAUUUGAGAUGCAGUCACGCAAAAGUACCCAGUCAGGCCAGAUGUCUGGGGAAGGCAAAGCUGGCCCCCCUGGUGCUGGUCCUCGUGGAGGUUUCCCCAUGGGUCGAGGCAGAGGCAGGUUCCCUGGACCACCCGGCCCCGGAGGAGACCGCUUCCCCGGUCCUGUUGGGCCUGGAGGGCCGCCACCACACUUCCCUGGCUCGGGGAUGAGACCAGAUCUGAUUAGGCACCAAGAUGGCCCUCUGAUGGAUAUGAGUUUCAAUCCCUUCCCGCCGGGGGGCAGGAACGGGAGCUGGCGUGGCAGAGGUGGGAUGCAGGGACCCCCACGUCCCCCUCCUGGCCCACCUGGCCCCCCUGGCCCCCCAGGACCUCCACCUCCUGGCCAGGGCCUCCCCCCUCCCCUUGCUGGUCCUCCAAAUCGUGGUGACAGGCCUCCUCCCCCUGUUCUCUUCCCUGGUCAGUUCGGCCAGCCUCCAAUGGGACCCUUGCCCCCAGGACCUCCUCCUCCAGGUUACGGCCCUCCCCCUGGUCCCCCACCCCCUCAACAGGGCCCGCCACCUCCGGGACCCUUCCCCCCUCGUCCCCCAGGCCCCAUUGGGCCGCCCAUGGCUUUGGCACCACCUCCACAUAUGCCAGGUCCCCCACCAGGUGGACCACCCCCAGCACCCCAUGUCAACCCGGCCUUCUUCCCCCCACCUGGCAACAACAACAUGCCCCCCAACGACAGCCGAGGACCCCCUGGACCAAACGACCCAUAUGGACGCCCACCACCAUAUGAGAGAGGGGACUAUGGCCCUGGAGGACGGGAGAUGGAGGCGUCACGGACCCCUCUGAGCGAAGCGGAGUUUGAGGAGAUCAUGAACAGGAACAGAGAUUCGUCCAGCGCCAUAUCUAGAGCGGUCUCUGACGCCAGUGCAGCUGACUACGGCAGUGCUAUAGAGACCUUGGUGACAGCUAUCAGUCUGAUUAAGCAGUCCAAGGUGUCAGCAGAUGACCGCUGUAAGGUCCUCAUCAGUUCCCUGCAGGAUUGUCUCCACGGCAUUGAGUCAAAAAGCUACGGUUCCGCCUCCAGGCGAGAGCGUUCCAGGGAACGAGACCACAGCCGCUCCAGAGAAAAGAGCAGACGGCACAAGUCCCGCAGUCGUGAUCGACAUGAGGACUAUUACCGAGAACGCAGCCGGGAGCGGGACCGCCAUCGUGAGAGGGACAGGGACCGCGACCGCGAGAGAGAAAGGGAGAGGGAGUACCGACACCGCUAGCAACGGGAGCUAACGAGGAUCAAGGAUGAAUGGAAGGAAAAGGAGGAAUUUCAGUGCGCCACCACCUCCCCACCCUGCAUGACCGGACAGGACUACAACCACCACCUCUUCCUCCACCCCUCCUCUCAGUCUCUACCCAUGCUUCUCUCUGUCUGUUCAUCUUGUCUGCCUGACUAAGAGCAGUGGAUGGAAGACCCUGACCUGUGUAAGGUUAUGUUAUCCAAACACCUUCUAUACUCAUGGUAACUAAAGAUGAAAGAAAAGAAACUUUCCAAACAGCUCUUUUAUUUUUAUGAUGUUUUAUUUGACAUGAAGAUGACUAUGUGCGAUGCUUUUUUGCAAAGAAACAAUAAAAUGGCCCACCAAUCCCCCAACUAGAGGACACAAACAUUACAUCCUUUUUUUUUGUCUCGCAGUACUGUGUACGUUCAGUUUAGAGAUCAGUUUUUAUAGGCUACAUAUUUGAUGUUUUCUCCCUACCCCUCCCUCAUUCUCAAUUAUUCUUUUCAUGGUUAAUAUGUUUGUAAAUGUCUCUGCUUUUGAUUAAAAACUAGAUGGUGUUGUAAUAAAAAAUGUUUACUGAGGUACUCAAUGCAUUUGGUGAAUUCCUCUACAUGUUUGGCUCAUUUAUAUUAAAUGUAUAUUUUGGACUUCAAACUGUUUUUUCAUAUUGAAUUUGUCUACAUUUAGAUUAUAUUUUUUAGCUGUACUAGCAAGUGGCUUUAUGUUUUAGAAAAUAGAUCCUUGUCGUUUAUUCCCUUUUUUGUUUUUUAUUUUUCUUCAAAUGGAUAAAACUUUUUACAAGGUAAGCCAUUAGAUGAAUGUACUUUUUUACGAUGUGCAUUGAUUGGUGGAUGGAAAAAUAUGUAGACUUUGAACAAGUUGAAGGUCUAGCUGUAGUGCUUUGCAAAAUUUUGGGGAGCUCUGGACCCAUACACCGUAAACCAUAAUGCUAUUCACAGAGUGUUUUCUGUUUGUGUGUAAUAGCAUUGAGUAGCCAAUCCAAAUUUUCUUUGAAGUCUUUGUUUUGUUGAUGUGAAAGGUAUUAAUUCUUACACUUAGAAAUUCAGGUUCAUUCAAGCAGCCAUUGUAGUUACAACUAACAUGGAGCUGGUCAACCUUCAAAGAUCGAUUAAUCCCAUUGUCGAAAGUUUGCCAUUUCAAGUAAGUGAUUUUUUUUUUUUUUUUUUUUUUUUUUGCUCCUAUGUUCCACAACUAACAUUUUUAUGUAUGUUCAUUUUUAACACCACCCUGUGACACCAUAGCUAAAAUUCAUAUGUAAUUUCAUGUUUGUUAAAUGUGGAAUGUGCACCUUAACACUAAUGUUAUCGUGUGCAGUGGAACACAUCUUUUCUCUUUUAUUCCACCACCCAUCAUGUUCAUAUCUUGGUUUUUUGACAGUUUGUGAUACUGAGCUUUUAGUUUGUAAUAAUUUCAGAUGGUCAAUUUGGCUAAUAAGCACUGAGUAACGUGUGUGUUUUUACUGUCCCCAAUCAAAAUUUAAAAAUAUAUUGGGCCUUAGGUGUCCUAAUAUUUGACCUUGAUUGAUUGGGGCAUACCAGUUCUUAAAUUUCACUGAAUAAAAAUGGGUAAACCGAGGUUCAUGAUGCUGUAUCUGUUUGGUCAGGGGGUGCUGUGGUUUGUUCCAGUUGUACUCCAAAACAAAGGAAAAUGGUUAAAUUGGUAAAUGGUUGAAUGAAACAAAACACAAAAUCACUGAUAAACAAGUUAGGUAAUACAACUGUUGAGAUGGUCCCCUCUAGUCUUUAUAUCUAAUGACCCUAUUCUGUGUUGUGUGUGUGUGUGUGUGCUUUUUUUUGUGUGUGUUAUUGGAGAUUAUUGGUUUACUUGUCAAGGUGAAACAAGGUUUGUUUUUUAAAAUCCAUCAUGUUGCGUCCAAUCCAUGGCCAUCCCCUGAAAUAUUUGAUCUCCCAAGUUUGAUGAUUGUGAAAAUUGUGGACCUUAAUUGCCAUCUAGUCAUUGUUAUGGCUUCAGGAAUUACUCUGAACUCAGAUGAAAAGGUGGUGUUCAGACUGUAACAGCAUCCCAAACAUUUUUUUAAGCCCUCACAAUGCUUGUGAAAUUUUAACAGUACACUUAAAAAAAAAUAAAAAUAAAUAAAUGAUAAAGAAAAAAUGGUGUAUAAUCAAGAAUGUUAAUCCCCUUUGCUCCUAUAACCCUGUAAAAGAGAAAUGAAACCAAUUGUAAGUUGGGUUUUGGUGCUGGCAAACAAUGUGAAAACAUGAGAAAUUUUGCACCUAAGGGGAAAAAUCGUUAUGCCAGUUCUCUUGAAUAAUUCCUGAAAAAUGUCAAUGCCUAUGCGCCAGUUUUUUAUUAUUUUCACUGACUGGGCCUCUCAGUACUGUAAGUGUGUUCAGAUCAUGCAUGAUUGACAUCUCUUGCCCUCUUCUGUUGCAGCUAUAGGGACUUGAUACUUUACAACUUGAUGAAUCUUUCAGGUACAUUGACUCCUCCCAAUGUCAUCCUAAGCAGAGGCCUAAUCAGCCAUAAUAAGAAGGUCUGUGUUCAGGGCUUUCAUUAAAAAUACUCAGGUGUCAACUUUGUAGAUUUCUUGUGCUAACUUCUAUCCACAGCGCUGAAGGUAAGUGUUUUCAGGUCACUGCAGAAGAAAAAAGCUCCAGUCUAGAGGAAGUCUGCAGCAUCAAGCCAGGCCAACUCCACCUAACACAAGCAGUUGGAAAGUAUCUUGUUUGUGUGUUUUCAGUAUUUGACUUACAUGCUGUAAUAGUAGGAUGAUUCUCAGUGGUCAUCUUAAGCUACCUUCAUUGUAACAUAAUAUGAAAUGUUUAAACAUUUAGUUGUGUGUGACGGAAAACUGGGGUAAGCAACUCAAUAGAUAAGUGGUAAUUUACAGUUGAUGUUUCUUUCUGUAAAUGUAAUUGAUUGUACAGCUAUGCAGACCUGCCAGUGAAAAAGCAGGACUUAUCCUCAGGGCUGCAGGACUUUAAGAAGUUGUUUUACAACAGUUAAGCACUUAACUAUUAAUUGUCAAGGUUAUGGGAUAUCUAUUAUUAAGGGCUCUGGGGGUUAAAGGUUAAUGGGGUCAAUUCUAGUUCAUCCUACAAUACCACCAGCAAUGUCUUGUUCUAAUUACACAUUUCCUGUCACGGGAAAGGCACAUUGCAGCCAAAACAAAUAAAUGGUCAUUGGUCUCAAAAAAUAAAAGAUUUCUAAAUUCA